UCACAAAACACACCGAACACUAGCGAGCUUGCUUAGCUUAAGCUACCCACACACCCGAUAGCCAUGGCCGCUACAAACCCUUCCUACUACCAGAGUGGUGCUUGCCAGGAAAUCAGACACAAGGAGCAUCUCUUCCACUUAUACAUGAACCAGGUAUUUGAUGGUAAACUAGUUACCAACGCCAACCAACUCGCUAUUGUUACUCCAGGUCUUCCCAAUUCGUUUGGUGUCACCAUUGCAAACGACUGGACCAUACUUGAUGGUCUGGGCGCGGAUGCAAACCUUGUGGCACGUGCUCGUGGCAUGCACAUGGGUGUGGGUAAAGCCGACAUGAGCUGGUUAUUCUGUCACACUAUAUUGUUUGCUGAUACCAGUAGGUUUAAGGGAUCCAGCCUAAAGGUUCUUGGAGAUUUUGUAGGCGACAAAGAUAGUGAAUGGGCAAUUGUAGGUGGGACCGGAGAGUUCGCAUAUGCAGAGUAUUCGUCGCCAAAGUAAUCCCAAAUGUACCACCUACUGGUGGGCGUACCUGGGAGCUCCGUAUUAGUGCUUUCAGUGUGUGCAUACCCACAGUGACCCCAGUCACCAAGAUGGGACCUUGGGGUGCAGAUGGAGGGACAGCCUUUGACAUCACGGAGCUGCCUCGUUCUCUUCAAACCGUGACAAUUCGAUGUGGCGACGUUAUUAACUCAAUUGGGUUUUCCUACACCGACCAAGCUGGUCAGAAGAAAAUUGCUGGACCAUGGGGUGGUGAUGGUGCACUUAGUGUGACGAUCACACUUGCUCCUUCCGAGUUCAUCAAGCAAGUUCAGGGAACAACCGGUGUAGUUGGAGGAGUGACUGUUGUCACAUCACUUACUUUGGUCAGCAGUGUUACAACGUAUGGGCCUUUUGGGAAAGCAAAUGGCACUCCUUUUAGCAGCCAGGUUCCAGAUAGUAACAGUAUCGGGGGGUUCUAUGCACGUGCUGGGGGAUCUUUUAAUGCACUUGGAGUUUACGCCUGCCCAAUUUAGCACAUUGCAUGUUUUGUGCAUGCUCCGGUUAAUUCCUCGCUUCUUUUUCCAACAUUCCUACAAUGGAGAAGGGUUGUCCUUCUUGUGAUAUCAUGUAUUAUUUAUUUUGCUUUUCACUAAGUGUGCUUUUCGCUAUUGCGUACAUGUAUUGCUUGAAAAAUAAUUGAUGUUCCAUGAAAUUGGUGAUAAUUUGGUGCCAU